AUCAAGAUCUUAUGGACUUUGGAGCUUGCGCGUCAGUCGGUGCAGUCGGUGCGGCGUCGAAUGUCGAUGAGGCGAGCCUAUAGGAGGAUUAUAUGUCAUCAUUUAAACUGGUAAAUAACUGUAACUCACGUUCAAAAUGUUUUUCUAUAUUUCUGUACGCCUCCGAUCCUAAUUGUCAUCAUUUAAACUGGUCGUUAUAUGUUAUUAAGUGUUCAAAAGGUUAAGAUUUAUCUUUGCCGACUUAUAGGCAUUGCAGAUAAUAUGUACAAACUUUUCAAAGUAGAGAAUUGAAGAACCAUAGAGAAUCAGAAUGGGACAUUACAUUAUAUUAAUUAUUUUAUCAACCCUUUGUAGUUUCACACAUGGGGGUCUAUUUGAUGAUGUAAUAUCAUGGUAUUGUGAUAUUUAUGAAUGUUGCGAUAACAAACGUGUGCCUUACAACUUACCAAAACUUAAAUCUAUGAUUUCCAUGAGAUUGCAAGGACAGCAUAUAGCAGAAAAUGUGGUGUUAAAUGCCAUUAAUAGUCACGUGAAGAAGUCUAAAAAGCCUCUAGUAAUGAGUUUUCAUGGUGCUAAUGGAGUUGGCAAGACUUAUGUUUCCAGGAUGAUUGCUAAAGCAUUCUUCAAAAAAGGAGAAAAUAGCCGCUUUUUUCACUUUUAUUAUGGUUUGCAAAAUUUUCCAAAUAAGGAAAAAGUACUAGAGUAUCAGACUCAAUUGAAAAGUGACAUUGAAGCAGCAUUGCACAGUUGUGAAAGAUCUUUGUUUGUAUUCGAUGGAGUUGAUCAAAUGCCUUCACAGUUGUUGGAUGCGCUUAUGCCUUUCAUUGACUGUCCAAAUUGUGCUGGAAAAUUAGACAAAAACAAAUCUAUUUUUAUAUUUUUAACAAAUACUGGAAGUUCAGCUAUCGAGAAACAACUACUUACAAAAAUCCAUGACGGCAUAAAUCGAGAAAAUACUACUCUUCAGGAUUUUGAGAGACUCAUCAUUGAUGAAGCACACAACCAUUCAGGAGGUUUAUUCGAAAGUUUGCUGAUUGAUUCUCAAGCAAUUGAUUUUUACAUCCCAUUUCUUCCAUUAGAAAAAAGACAUGUAAAGUACUGUAUAAGAGAAGCUUUUGAAGAAAUUUUUGAAACCCCUAAACUUGUAACUCCAGAUUUGGUGGAAAAAGUUUUUGAAGAAUUAAGAUUUGGUCCUGAGCCAGAAGCUUUGUUUUCUAAUAGCGGGUGUAAAAGAGUAGCGCAAAUAGCAGGAAGACUUGUAGCUAUGAAAUCUACAAAAUUUGAUUAUUUUAAUGAAGCAGAUAAUCAUAGAACUGAGCUUUAGAUAAAGCAAUUCACAGUAUUUUUUAAAACAUUUUUUAUAACUUGUUUUAAUCCAUAAGUAAUGACAUACCAAAAUAAGUUUUAUGCCAUGGCAUUUAAGUAGUCACGUAAGUGCUUUUACCCAUAAAAGAUGGAAAUGUACAUAAUUUUUUAUGUAUUUUUAACGUGAAUGAUAAUCUGUUAUGAUUGUGAAUGAACAAUAUAUCGACGGCCCCUGCGAAGAGUAGCACUGUUCAAACCUCUACGAAAACUAUCUCGUUUCGACGCUUACCACGAAGGAAAGCAUUGAACAGAACCAUAUGCGAAAAUGAGCACGAUUCAGCAACCAUCCACGAAAAGUAGCACGACUCGUCGAUCCACGACGAAAAAAAGGGUCUUUUACAGCCGCGCGAAGCCGAAGAUUCGGCCGAAGGCGAGAUAAUCCCUUAAAAAAAAAUCCCCAUGCCUGACCUGAGGGAGUUUCAGACAGGUACCCAAGAGGUCAAAAUUAAAUAAUAUUGCUGUUUAAAAUUUGAAAACAGCAAUGAUUGAUCAAUAGUUAACAUAACAUUUUCAAUUAAGAAAAAAAGAUUAUUAAAACCGAAUUUGAAUCUUGAAAAUCGGUCAAUAUUGAACACUUGAACGCGAAUUUUGUUUCGGUACCACGGAAUAUAAAGCUUUUACUUGCGUAGAGUGGUAAGCUGGAUAUUGGCCGAUUUUUAACGUUCAAAUUCUAUGUUAUAGUUUAAUUUUGUAUUCGAUAUUUUUUAUGCAAAAGAAACGUGUAUACUUUAUUAUUUUUUUUUUAAAUAUAUACAACAUUAAAAAUCGAG